AUACAGAGUAAACCGUAAAAGAGAACAACUACGGAGUAGCAUUGAAAGUUGUCAGAUACCUAGCCACUUUUAUCUCAAAUCAAGCUAAAUAACCAUCAUAAUUUCACAAUCACCAAAUAACGUUCAGCAAAAACUCAAAAAAGCAAGAACUGUUUUUCAUCCAAAAAAAAAUAAAAAACGCAAGAACUGCGAUUUACAUUUGCGUCGCUGCCCAACUGGUGUUCGUCGUUCUUCGGUUCUUCCUACUUCCCUCACCGCUCCAGUUUGUGUCCGUCGUAGUCACGGAGCUCCUGCCAAAUCUGAAGCGACGAAGCAAGCCAGCGGCCAGAGACGAAGUUGAGAUCGACGCGGAACAACAACGAGUUCGAGCUCUGCCACCGCCAUUACGUCACUGCUUGCCCCGCCGGUCUCCACCGCAGCUCAACGAUGGAGACUCCUGAAGAUAAAGAUCGCUUUCGAUACUACUUACAAGAUGAAGCACGUCGAAGCUUGCAAAUGCCCACGGAAACACAUGCAAGAAGAAUUCAGAAACGGCACAAAGAAAGACUCUUGGCCCUUGUCCACAUAAAAAGAUGCUACCUAAUGACGGAGUGUGAACCGUACAUUCCAUUUAUAGCAAUUCAGAUUUUUGAUGAGGUGCUUUCAGAUAAAAAAGGCAUUCCGACUAUAAUCGGAAAUGAGAAGAAGAAUGUUCACCUAGCUGCAAUAUCCUGUUUUGUGAUUGCUAUGAAGUCAAGGAGCAAAGCUUGGGAAAGCUUACUGGGAGCCUGGAAUGUGGAGCAAGAGUUCUUGGCACACAUCGGUAAGAUGGAGGUGGAAAUCUUCUCCAAGCUCGAUUGGAACAUCGUUGAUGUGAGUGCCAUAUCCUUUGGCAAUUGUUUUGCCAAGAUGUGCCCUCUUGACCUUCCGGCUUUGAUGAUCAAUAAGCUGAUCGUGGAGGCCCAAGAUGACAUAAGUUACUCAACGUACAAAUGCUCUGAGUUGGCCGCUUCAGCAGUCCUUGCAGUUUGUGGGAUCAAAUAUCCGGCCCACGUUGAUCUUGUUCGUGCCAUAUUGGCACGCUACGUCCAUGAGGAACAUCUUGAUGAAUGCAUGAAUAUGCUCCGAGACAUGUGGGUGGCGAGAAGUCUGACGGAGUACGCGGAAAGACGAGAGAUUACUACUGCUCAAGACCAAUUUGAUGCUGGACCGUCGGAACCCCAACCCCAAUCACGAGAGAUUACUACUGCUCAAGUCCAAUUUGAGCCUACGGGUACGGAGAUAUCGUUGGAGGAAAUGGGGUCUGAUCCAUUUUCGUUGCCUGGGCUUCCAUCAUCAGCAAUGGAGAAUCUGAAGGAAUUGUGGAAGAAAAAAGCCGGGGCCGAUGCUAUAACUGGCUCGCAGUGGGUCGUCGAAUGUCCACCACCCCCCGAAGAUGACCCUGACUGGAGUUUUAAGCUUAAGUGGGACAACGUAGGAGAUGACGACACCGCCCGUUUGAGUCGCUCUUUCUCCCAAACCAUGUCCUCUACACUUAAGAAGCUGAAAGCACCAUUUAAACGACGCACUUAGCUUGAUCAUUCACACAUGCUAAUCUAUCUAUACAUACUAAUUAGAAAAACUCUGCUCUUUCCUACUACGUUUUUCUUCGUUACAAACCUGCUCUUCCUAUUAUCUCUCACACGUAUUUCGACUCUCUACGAUUUGUGAGUGAGGUUUUUGGAUUUAUAAAGUUCAAUUUCUACUGCCAUGUAUGCUCGGAGACCUCUUCUGAACCGGCUUCUCAUUAUUCAUUACCAAAAAUAUACACUCACUCCUCCGACCCAAUUUGUUUUGCAAAAUUUCCUAUUUUGUUUGUCUCAAAAUGAUUUUCCACUUUCUAUUUUGGGUAUGUAAAUAAAAGUAAGUGACAAUUUUUACCCUUUUACUUUUUUCUAAUCACAUCUACUUUUAGGAUGAAAGACAAACGUGUAAAAAGUAAACAUCAUUUAUUGUCAUUCCUUAGUUCUUGUGCGGGUCAAAGUGUGC